CCACCACUGAUACACCCAUCUACAACACAAGAACACCAUGGAAUUACAAUACGAUGAAAGGGCAGGAAGGACAUCCUCCAAGGCCUGCUACAGAGCUAUUCACAACUGAUACACCCAUCUACAACACAAGAACACCAUGGAAUUACAGUAAAAUAAAAGGGCAGGAAGGACAUCCUCCAAGGCCUGCUACAGAGCUAUCCACCACUGAUACACCCAUCUACAACACAAGAACACCAUGGGAUUACAAUACGAUGAAAGGGCAGGAAGGACAUCCUCCAAGGCCUGCUACUGAGCUAUUCACAACUGAUACACCCAUCUACAACACAAGAACACCAUGGAAUUACAGUAAAAUAAAAGGGCAGGAAGGACAUCCUCCAAGGCCGGCUACAGAGCUAUCCACCACUGAUACAACCAUCUACAACACAAGAACACCAUGGAAUUACAAUACAAUGAAAGGGCAGGAAGGACAUCCUCCAAGGCCUGCUACAGAGCUAUCCACAACUGAUACACCCAUCUACAACACAAGAACACCAUGGAAUUACAAUACAAUGAAAGGGCAGGAAGGACAUCCUCCAAGGCCUGCUACAGAGCUAUUCACAACUGAUACACCCAUCUACAACACAAGAACACCAUGGAAUUACAAUACGAUGAAAGGGCAGGAAGGACAUCCUCCAAGGCCUGCUACUGAGCUAUCCACAACUGACACACCCAUCUACAACACAAGAACACCAUGGAAUUACAAUACGAUGAAAGGGCAGGAAGGACAUCCUCCAAGGCCUGCUACAGAGCUAUC